GCCAUCCUGAAUGUUGGGGGGGGGGUGUGCAGAGGGAAGGGUCUUUGAUGGUAAGGAGAGGUACCAGGGUACCAAGCCAGGCCAAGACUGCUGCCUCUCUGCGCACUUAGAGGCCUCCAGGCCAGAGAAGCUCCAUCUCCCGUGGGAAUAUUGGCCCAUCGUUCUCUGCCACUAGCUCCCACAGCGGCCACAGAUGGCAGUGUCUCUGGGGACAGCAGCUGCGACUGAGUCCACUGGCCGACACCGAGCCACUCAGGCUGAGGGAGUGUGCGAGCUCCGUGCAGAGACCGCAGGGCGGGUAUGAGCCAAGGCGGCCGCGAUGCCUCACUUCCUGGAUUGGUUCGUGCCUGUCUACCUGGUCAUCUCCGUCCUCAUCCUGGUGGGCUUCGGAGCGUGCAUCUACUAUUUCGAGCCUGGCCUGCAGGAGGCGCACAAGUGGCGCAUGCAGCGCCCCCUAGUGGACCGUGAUUUCCGCAAGACGCUGAUGGUGCGGGACAACCUGGCUUUCGGAGGCCCCGAAGUCUAAGACGGCCCGGGAUCUUGAGACCCUCCCAGCAGAGGACGACUCCUCGAUAUUCCCACCCAUCCCUGUGUAGCCCAGCAGAGGCCCUUGCUGUUCGGGGAGGCCCCUUUCUCUAGAAACCGGGCGCUUGAAUAUUUAUCUUAUUUGCUGCUGUGGGCGCAAAAUCUCUGCGUCAAGCCCGUUCAAGCCUUUCCUUCCCAGCUCUGGGGACAUCCUCCACCGGCCCUCAGUGCCUUCGGGCUGUCCAGGCCCCUGUCCCUCCACCUGGAGUCAGGUCUGACUGGCCCGCUGACUCCUCAGAAUCCCCAGCUGCUUUCUGCUCCCAUCGCUGCCUCGAAGCUCACCCGGGAACAGGAUUUCAUUCGGAAGGAUGCCCGCUUGGUCCAGAUCAGCCCCGCCCACCUCCGUGGGCUCAGACUUAGAAUGAGUGACUGUGCUCGGUGGGUGGGUGCAGGAGGGUAAGACUUUGGGAAGUGUGUGUGUGUGUGUGUGUGUGUGUGUGUGUGUACAGGCAGCAAGUGGGAAGCUAUGUGUGUAUCUGAGAGAAUGGGGGCAGAGCAGGCGGUGGUGGGAAUGGGCCAGGUGGGGCAGUGUGAGAAUUGUUCACAGCAGGUUCCGUUCCUUCUGCUGGACUCUUCCACCCCAUCCCCGUCCACCACCCCGAGGCUGAGGUGGCCCCUCCGGGAGCCCAGGCUGCUUUUCCAGGGCUGAGCCUAGCCCUGCCCGCCCACCCCGAACGUUCCUCCUGUGCCGCUGGGGCUUCAUUUACUUUGCUUACGAACCGGCAGCCUUCCUUCCUCACUCUCCUGUGAUGAGGCUUCCAUCUGCCUUUACUCAUCAUUAAUAAAGGCUUUACCA